UCUCUGUGUCUCUGUCCCACUGUUGCCAUUCCGACGCACAUCCCUCGCAGGCGAGCAACAGCUACGCGGAGUUGGCCAAAGUGGACUACACAGAUUCCUCUGCGCGCAGACCCGACUCCACACCCGGCUCUCCAUCCUCUGCUCGGGGCGAACAGCAGCAGGGAGAUGCGCCCCUGGACAGAGGUUCGGUGUCGGUAAAGUCAGAUAAAGAGAAUGAGAGUGAGACAGGGCGCAGUGUAGCGCUCCUGUAGCAUCGCAUCCACCACUCAGGAAUAACGGGACCCGAUUAAAUGCAACAGAAAGAAGCGCUCGGUUAUUUCUCUGAGGAUUGCUGUCGGUAGAAUGGGGCGGUGAGAGCCUCAUCGCAACUGAAGUCAUGAGAAUUGGGAGAGGAACAAAAAGCUCGGCUGCGGUGCUCUGUGUUUGAGUCUCCAUCCACCCGAAGGGUCCAGUCUACACACCUUUAUUCAUGUUGCAAAAGCCUGUUUUAUGACAAUGGAUUACUUGCUGUGGGUGUGCAGCCUCAUUGUUCCCGUGGUGCUGGCCGUGGAAGAAACCCUUAUGGACAGUCGAUGGGCAACCACAGAGCUGGCUUGGACCACGUUCCCAGAGAGUGGGUGGGAGGAGGUUAGUGGCUACGACGACUCCAUGAGCCCAAUCAGAACCUACCAGGUGUGUAAUGUUCGACAGCCCAACCAGAACAACUGGCUCAGGACAGACUUUAUUCCCCGCAAGGGCGUGCUGCGCGUCUAUGUGGAGCUCAAGUUCUCCGUUCGUGACUGCGCCAGCAUCCCCAACAUCCCCGGCUCGUGCAAAGAGACCUUUAAUCUGUUUUACUAUGAAUCAGAGGGGGACACAGCUACAGACACCAGCCCUCUGUGGAGGGAAAACCCCUAUGUGAAGGUGGAUACUAUCGCCCCAGAUGAGAGUUUCUCUCUGCUGGAGACGGGCAGGAUCAACACCAAAGUACGCAGCUUUGGCCCCCUCUCCAAGGCAGGCUUCUACCUGGCGUUCCAGGACCUGGGCGCCUGCAUGUCGCUCAUUUCAGUCAGGGUUUUCUUCAAGAAGUGCUCCACCACCAUCGCCAAUUUCGCUGUCUUCCCCGAGACUGCAACAGGGGCUGAAGCCACCUCCUUAGUGAUCGCUCCGGGGGCCUGUGUGACCAACGCUAUGGAGGUGUCCGUCCCUCUGAAGCUGUACUGUAACGGGGACGGCGAGUGGAUGGUUCCUGUGGGCUCGUGCACCUGCGUUGCCGGCUUUGAGCCUUCUGCAGACGGCACUCAGUGCCAGGCUUGCAUCCCUGGGACCUUCAAAUCCAAAUUUGGGGAGGGAUCCUGUGCUCCCUGCCCGUCCAACAGUCGCACCAGUGCACGAGGAGCCAAUAUUUGUCCCUGCCAAAAUGGUUUCUACCGAGCUGACAGCGACCCGCCUGACUCCGGCUGCACCACCAUCCCCUCGGCGCCUCGCAACGUUAUAUCUAGUGUGAACGAGACCUCGCUGUCCUUGGAGUGGGAGGAGCCCAAGGACACAGGCGGGAGGAGCGAUCUCGUCUAUAACGUAGUGUGUAAGAAAUGCCUGCGAGACCGGAGCCCCUGCACACGCUGCGACGACAACGUGGACAUCGCUCCUCGCAGGCUGGGGCUGAGGCAGAGGAAGGUGGUAGUGAGGAAUCUGCAGGCUCACACCCGCUACAGCUUCGAGGUGCAGGCGGUCAAUGGGGUUUCUGGGAAAAACCCCACCUCACCCAGCUACUCCACAGUCAACAUCACCACCAACCAAGCCGCGCCAUCAGCUGUGCCCACCGUUCAUCUGAUGCGCUCCACCUCAGACACUCUCAGCCUGUCAUGGCUACCACCUGAGAAACCCAACGGGGUCAUCCUCGACUACGAGAUUAAAUACCAAGAGAGGGGCCAGGCCAUGUCCCACACUGUAACAUCCCAGCAUAGCUCAUCCAAGGUGGAGGGGCUGCGGGCCGCCACGCCCUACGUGGUGCAGGUCAGAGCUCGCACUGUUGCUGGAUACGGACGCUACAGCAACCCUAUGGACUUCAGCACCAGCCUGCACAGUGACCCUCAGAAGUCGGUGCAGGACCAGCUGCCUCUCAUCAUCGGGUCAGCCUCCGCGGGUCUGGUGGUCAUUGUUGCCAUGGUGGUUAUUGCUGUUGUCUGCCUUAAGAAGCAGCGCAGCGGCUCAGAGCUGGAGUACACUGAGAAACUGCAGCAAUACAUUUCUCCGGGGGUCAAAGUGUACAUCGACCCUUUCACCUACGAGGACCCCAACGACGCCGUCCACGAGUUUGCCAAAGAGAUAGACAUCUCCUGCGUGAAAAUAGAAGAAGUCAUCGGUGCAGGUGAAUUCGGCGAGGUGUGCCGCGGGCGUCUCAAGCAGGCCGGCCGCAGGGAGAUGGUCGUGGCGAUUAAGACUCUGAAAGCCGGCUACACCGAGCGCCAGAGACGGGACUUCCUUGCCGAGGCCUCGAUCAUGGGCCAGUUCGACCACCCCAACGUGAUCCGGCUGGAGGGCGUCCUGACGCGGAGCUGCCCAGUCCUCAUCAUCACCGAAUUCAUGGAGAACGGAGCGCUUGAUUCCUUCCUCAGGCUGAACGACGGGCGCUUCACGAUGACGCAGCUGGUCGGGAUGCUGCGGGGCAUCGCUGCAGGGAUGAAGUACCUGUCAGACAUGAACUAUGUUCAUCGGGACCUCGCCGCCCGGAAUAUCCUGGUCAACAGCAACUUGGUCUGCAAGGUCUCUGACUUUGGCCUGUCACGCUUUCUGGACGACACUUCAGCUGACCCCACUUACACAAGCUCCCUGGGAGGGAAGAUUCCCAUCCGGUGGACAGCGCCAGAGGCCAUCGCCUUCAGGAAGUUCACCUCCGCCAGUGAUGUGUGGAGUUACGGCAUUGUCAUGUGGGAGGUGGUGUCCUAUGGAGAGAGGCCAUACUGGGACAUGAGCAACCAGGAUGUGAUGACGGCAGUAGAGCAGGACUACCGACUGCCCCCGCCGAUGGACUGUCCCAUGGUGCUGCACCAGCUGAUGCUCGAGUGCUGGAUGAAGGAGAGAAACAUGAGGCCCAAGUUCUCCCGCAUCGUCAGCACCCUGGACAAACUGCUCCGUAACGCCGCCAGCCUCAAGGUGGUGACCAGCACCUACUCAGGGGACCUGCUGCGGCUCGGAGGGACGCUGCCGGGACACAACAGGAAGAGUCCGGAGAGCAGUCAGGAAAUCGUUCGGCAACAGAUGAGCCAAACUCUCCCCAUCAGAGUGUGAGCCACUGUGAACCCGGAGGAUACAGAAUGAAUAAAAAACUACCUAGAAAACUCUGACGCGAAGAGCCCCGAUGUAAAAUAAAAAGAAGAAAAUAAAAGAAGAAAGCUCCGGCUACAGAGAGAGAAAGAGGACCGUUUUGGAGAUUUCUUUCCAACUGGAGAUUUAAUGUCCGUUUAAAGAGAACUUUUCAUUGCAGUGUGUGUGUGUUCAUUACUUGCCACUUGUGGAUUUGUGACUAUUGACAUAAAGCCAAACUUCCUAUUGCCCCCUCUCAGGUUGUGUUUGCAUGUCUGCAUGUGUUUUAAGCUGGUUGGGAAUCAGUCUUUCCUUCUCUUCACCCUCAGACUGAGGACUGGAGAGGUUACACACCGAUGAUGGGUGUCUAGAUGACACAACAGUGCCAAGAUAAAGCGAAACAUUUGCUUUAAAUGAACUCUGAAGACAGCUCGACAUCUGUAGACCUUCAAUCCGAUUGAUUUUUUAUUUUUUUUUACCCAACCAAACUCUUUUAUUUUGCUUUGCUUUUUUUUCAAGAAAAAAAAAACACACUUUUCAUCUGCUUCCUCUUAAAUACUGUCUUCCACAUGUACUGGGAGACAUACGUGUUACAAAUCUGUACAAAGCAUCCGAGUCUUCACACUGUCUCUCCAUCAGAGGGGAGAUGUAACUGACACUGUGCGGGACACGUCGUGUGCAUGCCAAAGUGGAAACUUCUUCAUGAGAAAAGUACAAAUAAGUUCCACAUUAACUGUUGCUUUGGUGGCAUUUUGCUGUAUGGACUUUAACGUCCAUGUCUUUCUUAACCUUAUUUGACUCAUAUACGCAUUGUUUUGAAUGCUAAGUUAUUAUCUAUUAUCGCAAAGAGGUGGAUUUUUUGUGUUUUUUUUACAAGUACCGGGGCUUAACUUUUUUAUUACAAUGCUUGUUUUUUCAUACAUUAACAAACCGGACAGACAUGAAUGAGUGAAUUAAGGAGGAAAUGUUCUGCUCAGACAGAAUAAUCAUUUUUAAAAACACUGAGGAGACUUUGUGGAGAUUGCUGUUAGGCAUUUUUUUUAAAAAUUGAAAAAGCGCCCGUGGUAGUGCUGUGUUGUAUAUUUUACUUUGGCAAACGUGUUGCAGAUCAGUGGGAGUUAAAAAGGUCACUAUCCAGAUGAUAGCUUUGUGACCUUAAUAUUGACCUGACCUACAAACAUUGAUGUAGAACAAAUCACUCAUUGGUUCAUUUCUCCUGACAUAUGUUUUCUUCAGUACGCCAGCUGUCAGCGCAGUUCCUAUCUAAAACAACUGCCUGUAUAUAAUACUAUAUUUCUAUUAGACCAGUCAGCUCAGCAUCUACAACUAUCUGAGCUGAUUCUGGCGUCUCUAUGACCCUCGUUUAUAUGCUUGUUUGUUUAUUGUUGAGGAGCAAACAAAUGGAGAAAUUAAAGUUUAAUGGUCAUUACAUAUCUGAAACUAUAUGUCACAAUGAAAGAAGAAACUGUGUGUCUGUUAGGGCAGACUUUUUCCUGUGCAAUUAAAGGUGUAUUAGAUUGUAAAAAAAAAAAUGCCAGAAAACUAGAACAAAAAUAAGCAUUUCUCUUUCAGUAUUUUUACGAUAAUCAUAUGCAAAUAAAUUAUUAAACGGA